UGGUCAUAUUUGCAUUAUCUCAAGUAGCACUUUACUUUGCCGUAAAGUUUAUUCUCAAUUCACUUGAUCCUCUCAAAGAGAAGAAGAAAGAAGCUAAAGCUAAAAGUGAGGAAGUAUUGGGAAAACUUGGGCAGCGAAAUUUAAAAUUAAACGAAUAUGAAGAGGUAAUCUUGUCAGAAGUAAUCUUUUCUGAUGAAAUAACCGUUGAUUUCAAGCAAAUUGGCGGUCUUGAUUCAAUCAUUCAAUCUCUCCGCGAGUCUGUUAUAUAUCCAUUAUGUUAUCCACAAUUGUUUACUUCAACGUCAGGACUGUUGGGCGUCCCCAAAGGAGUAUUGCUUCAUGGUCCACCAGGAUGUGGUAAAACUAUGCUUGCUAAAGCCCUAGCCAGGGAAUCCGGUGCUACUUUUAUAAAUCUUCAUGUUUCGACGUUGACAGAUAAAUGGUUUGGAGAAUCAAAUAAAUUAGUUGCUGCAGUUUUCUCUGUCGCUAAAAAACUUCAGCCAUGCAUUAUUUUCAUUGAUGAAAUCGAUGCUUUUUUGAGAGAAAGGCGAAGUAACGAUCAUGAGGUUACUGGAAUGAUGAAGGCUGAAUUUAUGAGUUUAUGGGAUGGCCUUACGACAAGUGAAAACUCACGCAUAGUCGUUCUUGGUGCCACUAAUAGACCCAAUGAUAUUGAUUAUGCAAUUCUCCGUCGCAUGCCCAAACGUUUUGCGAUUCGGUUACCUAAUGAUGAACAAAGAAGAAAUAUUCUCGAGAUUAUGUUACACGAUCAGAACUUGGAGGAAAAUUUUGAUUUGGAUAAAUUAGUUACUCAAACGGCUAACUUUUCUGGAAGUGAUUUGAAAGAAGCAUGCCGGAAUGCUGCUAUGAUUCCGAUCAGAGAAUAUAUGCGGGAUCAUGCUACUCCAGAUGGCGA